UCUUCGACUUUUAUUUCAGAUCGGACUUCUGGGGCAGAUCUACCUAGGGACUCCUCCCCAAGGGUUCAGGGUGCUGAUGGACACGGGUCCGUCGAGAUGUGCAAGUCGACGCCGUAUUACUGCAAGUACCACGACGUCUUCAGGGCGAACCUGUCAGACACGUACCACCUGGAGAAGCAGUACGGAAACAUCUCCCUGUCGUACGCCGAGAUAAAAGUGUACGGUCCUGUUGCCAAGGAUACGCUGACAGUGGGAGGAAUCCGCAUCCCUGACUUCGCGUUCGUGCCAGCGAACGGUUUUUACCAAGCACCAGUUGACGGCAUUUUGGGUCUGUCCUUCCAGGAAGGGUCCCAAGGCCCCUCGCGGGCCACCCCCAACAACAACUUAAUCCGGGAGCCUACGUUCUCGCUGUAUAUCAAGAAGUGA